UAUAUAUAUAUAAUAUAUAGGCCCUAUAACAGGACUAUUUGAAUGUGUUUGUUUUUAAAGGGGAUUGUAAACGUUUUACCUUCUACUUUCUGAAGAAGGUUUUCGUUAGUUAAUCGUGGGAUCAGUCACAUUUGAUUUGUCAGCGUGUGAGUGUUCUUGAAUCCGGUUCGUUGAAAAUGUUACUGAGUAGAGAACGGCCAUUUCUAGGAAAAGUGGAAAACCCCAAGGCAUGUGACUAACAUUGGUCAUGCUGGUGCAUUGAGACGAUUUUACGGCAAGAAAGACGAUGGAAUAGUGUUCUUUAUUAGUUUUGGUAAAGUUAUUUGAGAUUCAAGAUGGCGUGUUGUGUAGAUUGCCCCAGGAGGUAUCUGGUUGUAGCGCUCGGUUUCAUUGGUCUACUCAUCUCCAUCGGGUUCCGCACGUGCUUUGCCCUCGUGAUAACGCACGUGAUGAAAAGAAAUGUCUCCAACACGGACGCCAUCUUUAAAGGAUGUAUCCCAAGCAAUUCCUCUCUUGACCUUCAUUUGGAUUUACAGGAAAGUGAAGCGUUUCUCUUCCAUACAAUUUACUUCUGUGGUUCUAUUAUUACGCAAAUUCCAGGUGGAAUUCUGGCCACCCGAUUCUCCUCCAAAAGAGUUUGCGCCAUAUCCAUCUUGAUCAGCAGUGUGCUCUUCAUCGUUCUGCCGUUUGCUGUGACCUACCACUACGCCGUUGUGUUUAUCAUCCGCUUCAUUCAGGGAGUCGUUGAGGGCUGCUCCAUACCUGCACUAAAUGGCGUCAUCUCUGCCUGGGCCCCGCCAAAUGAGAGAAGUCGUCUUAUAACAAUAGCUUACGCCGGUGCAUAUAUAAGUCCGGCCGUGGCUAUGAUACUGACUGGAGUUACAAUCUGCAAGUUAAGCUGGAACAGUAUCUUCUUCAUAUAUGGUGGUUGUGGCAUAAUUUGGUUUGUGUUGUGGAUGUUGUUGGUGGUUGAAACUCCAGCUAACCAUCCUAGUUUGGGAGAAAGAGAGAGGGCUUUGUUUCACAGAGAGGGACUAUGCGUGCAGACUGGCAGCAGAACAAUGAUGGCUGGAAUCCCUUGGAAGUCAAUUUUAACAUCCCUGCCGGUGUACGCGAUAUUGGUGGGAGCUUUCUGCCGCAACUGGAUCUUCUCCAUGCUAAUCACACAGCAGCCACAGUACUUCAAAGACAUUUACCACAAGUCGGCUGCCGAUAUUGGACUGCUGUCUGCCCUGCCACACCUGUGUAUGACGCUGGUGGUGAUCAGUGGCGGUGUGAUGUUUGACAAACUUAUAACACACAAGAUCAUCUCCACUACCUGUGCUAGGAAACUGGCCGAGACCAUAGGGUUUGGCAUCGAAGCCUCGUGUAUUUUUGCAAUAGCAUUCAUAGAUGAUUUCGAGACCUCCCUCAUUUUACUGUGUGUUGGAGUCGGUCUUAGUGGAUUCGCCAUCUCAGGAUAUCAGGUAAACCCGCUCGAUCUUGCCCCGCAGUAUGCCAGUGUCAUCACAGGAAUUGUUCGUCUGGGAUCUAUUGGUGCUAUUUUUAGCACCAUCGUCGCCUCACAGCUCGCUGGAGAAAUCAAGGAUAGAGAACAAACACUACUGGACUGGCAGCAUCUGUUCCUCACGGCUGCAGUGAUCCACUUCGCUGGGGUCAUCUUCUAUGCUCUGUUUGCGUCGGGCAAACGACAACCCUGGUCUGAUGGCUACAUCCGGACAGUGAAUUACGAAGAAGCAGAGCAGACGUGGCAGAACGAGCCAGGGGAGACUACUCGAUUGUUCAGGAGCACACCACUUCUGGAUGAUGAUGAAGAUGUCCUCUUUGGCUCAACAACCAGAUAUCUCAACUCUAUUUAAAGCCGGAUUUCAUGCUAAACAACAAGAUUUCUCAACUCUAUCUAAAGCCAGAUUUCAUGCUCAACAAGAAGAUAUCUCAACUCUAUUUAAAGCCAGAUUUCAUGCUAAACAACAAGAUAUCUCAACUCUAUCUAAAGCCGGAUUUCAUGCUCAACAAGAAGAUAUCUCAACUCUGUCUAAAGGCGGAUUUCAUGCUAAAAACAAAGCAUCUCAACACUUAUCUAAAACCUGAUUUCAUGCUAAAAAUAACAUAUCUCGAUUCUAUUUAAAACCAAAUUUCAUGCUCAACGUGAAAAUAUCUCAACUCUAUUUAAGGCUGGAUUUCAUGCUCAACAUGAAAAUAUCUCAGCUCUAUUUAAGGCUGGAUUUCAUGCUAAACAUGAAAAUAUCUCAACUCUAUUUAAGGCUGGAUUUCAUGCUAAACAUGAAAAUAUCUCAACUCUAUUUAAGGCCACAAUGCUAAACAUGAAAAUAUCUUAAUUAUUUAAAGCCAGAUUUUAUGCUAAAAACGAAAAUGAGAUAACUAUCUAAAGCUGGAUUUCAUAAUUAACAAGAAAACAUCUUAACUUUAAACUAAAGCCAGAUUGCAUAAAAUGAGAUAACUCUCUAAAGCUGGAUUUCAUAAUUAACAAGAAAACAUCUUAACUUUAAACUAAAGCCAGAUUGCAUGCUACAAAAGAAGAUAUUUUAACUCUAUCUACAUGUACCCGUAUAGCCGUGUUUCAUGUGUUAUCUUCUAAACCACCCACGUUUGACAGAUAUGUAUGUUCAAAUUCUAAUAGCCGUUAAGAACAACAGAGCAUCAUUAAACUUAUUUUAAUAGCAACUAAUUAAAUGAUGUGAUGUG